AUGCUAUCAAUGAGCAAGAAAACUCUCGCUGCUGCUCGUAACUCUCAUUCUGAGCAGCCCAUAUACAAAAAAGAAUUCGGCAAAACAAGUAAAAGGGUACGAGCGAGCCACUUACAAUACUUCGCACCAAGAUAUCCCUGAUCCCCAACACCUCCACAAGCCACAACAGUUCCAAAAAUAAUAAAACCAAUACAACCACAUAACUUGAUAACACUGAACACAAAUUCCACUAACAUAUGUCAGCAUAUUCCUUCGCUAUGAUUAUGACUGGUAUAUUCAAACCUUCUCCGUAUCCCCGAACGCCCCAGAAUUGAAUUACAGCUAGGAUGACGAGAAAAACCGCGACCCAAAUACCAAUACUGAGGUCUUCGCGCCAGAAUCGAAUGGUUAUACCUGCUGCGACGAGCUCGAAUGGGAGAACUAUGAGGUCGAUUGUUAG